UAAAGCAUAGCGUCAUGGCAAACUGGUUUCAGUUGUGAACAGACCUCGCUAGAGAAAAGGUCUCUUUGUUUAUCUUUCAAGUUAUACCGAGUUACGUCAGCAUCGCCUUUUCACCUCCAAUUAAUUGCUUAACAAUGUGGUUUCCUUUGUUAUUGUUGGUCAGCAUCGGGGCUGCUGUGCAGUCGGAUUCAGUCGAGGAUGUCUUCAAGGCACACAACGUGGUGCCCGAUGUGAUUCCUGUAGCACCAAACCAGUUACUCAAGGUCACCUACAACAAUGGACUUGUGGCUGAGAACGGUGUGGAGCUGACGCCCACCCAGGUCAAAGACCAACCUGUUGUUGAAUGGUCAGCCGAUCCCACUGACUUCUAUACACUAGUCAUGACCGAUCCCGAUGCACCCAGUCGAGCUGACCCCAAGUUCCGUGAGUUCAAGCACUGGGUGCUCGUCAAUAUUGCUGGCAAUGAUGUGUCUACUGGUGAAGCAUUGGCCGAGUAUAUUGGCUCUGGUCCACCGAAGGACACAGGACUGCAUCGUUACGUUUUCCUGCUCUACAAGCAACCCGGCAAGCUGCAAUUCGAUGGAGCUCGUGUAAGCAACAGAUCCCGACGUAAUCGUCCCAAGUUCCAUGUUGCCCGCUUUGCUGAGCAUCACCAGCUAGGCAAUCCCGUGGCUGGAACAUUCUAUCAGGCGCAGUAUGAUGACUAUGUGCCAAAAUUGCAUCAACAAUUGGCCGAGGAGAACUAAAGCUACUAUUUAAAUAUUUUCAUGAAUUAUAAAAACUUACAAUUUGGUUUUAUUUUGUUUUGAAUGUAUUAUUUGGGAUUCUAUUCUAUUUGCCGGCUGCAGUCGCCAGCGGAUUGCGCAGAACCAGGAUAACGGAAUCGCCGCGCAGAAACAUUUUCGAGAUAAAGCGGUCCUUGUUGACGGGUUUCACCUUCUUCUUUCCCUUGCCGGUACGUGGUAGCUCCGUCCACAUCUCCUUCACGUUCUCCAGCACCAUGUUGCAAUGGCGGUCGAAGGCUUUGACUCGCCCCAACAGCUUUUUGUUGUUGCGGCAGUUAAUCAAAACUUGUGUGUUGUUUUUCACCGACUGUGUGAGCACCGACAGCGGUCCAGUGUUGAACUCCUCUUCCUCCUGGCGCGCCAAUUCCUCUGGUGUCAAUUCGGAUUUAGGUUUUACAAGAGCCCUAAAAUACGAUGGAGCGGCAUUAGAAAAUGGAGGGCAAUAAUUGCAAUUGGAGCAUUAUUAAAGAACUACUUACAUAUUGCUGUCGUUAUGUAUACAGUCUUCAAUAUAAAUACAGGUAUUAUUUAUAUAUAGGAAGGUUUUAUUUAUUAUUUAUUUA